AUGCAGGCUGAGAAAGGUACUUCAAAGGUGGCCCACAACUUAGAGGUGGUGGACAGUGAGGCCGAUCCUCUGGUCUGGAGCAACAGGACCGAGUACAUCAUGGCACAGGUGGGCUUCUCUGUGGGACUGGGCGCCAUCUGGAGAUUUCCUUCUUUGUGCCAGCAGAAUGGAGGCGGUACCUUCCUUCUAGUCUACAUCUUCUUGCUUUUCACCCUGGGCAUACCUUUGGUAUUCAUGGAGAUGGCUUUGGGGCAAAAGGUGCCCUUUGGUGUCUGGACAAAGAUCCACCCCCGGCUCUGGUGCGUGGGCCUGGCCUGCAGCCUGGUCUGCUUUUUGAUGAGUGUCUAUUAUAACAUAUUCAUUGCUUGGAGCAUCUUUUACCUCAGCAACUCCUUCCAGUACCCACUGCCCUGGAACCAGUGCCCAGUGUUGAUGAACUCUAGCGUCCCUGAUCCUGAGUGUGCCCGCACCACCCCAUCCGUUUAUUUCUGGUACUGGCAGACCCUGGAAGUCACAGACAACAUCGAGAACAGUGGGGGCAUUGUCUUGAGCCUCUCCCUCUCCCUUUUGGUGGUUUGGCUUUUAAUCAUAUUCAUCUCAAUACAGAGCAUGAAGGCCAAAGGGAAGAUACUGUACAUUUCCAUGAUAGUCCCCUAUGCCAUCCUGUUCUGCUUCUUCUUCCAAAGCUACAUGCUGGAAGGUUCUGUCUAUGGACUGCGUCACUUGAUGUCUACCAAGGGCAUCUCCUUCUUCUCCCUCCCUCUGCAGAUAUCAGCCUUCAUCUCUCCAAUGCUGUGGAAGCGGGCAGGAAUACAAGUGUUCUACAACAUGGGGCUGGGGUGUGGCGUCAUCAUUGUCUUGUCCUCAUAUGUAAGCAAGAGCAAGAAUUGUGCCCAGGAUGCAUUCAUUGUGAUGUUCUUCAACCUGGCUUCUUGCCUCUUGGCCGCUCAGGUGGUGUUCAGUGUGCUGGGUUUCCGGGCCGCCAUCUCCACCAGGGAAUGCAGCAACCGGAACUCACGGAAGCUGAUGCAGCUGAUCAAAAUGGGGAAGCUGCCCCUACAGGCAAGUCCUCCGCCAGAGCUGUCAAAGAAGCUGGUUAAAGCUUAUACCAUUUGGCUACAUAAUCUUAACAGUGAUCUGAGGAAGAAGGUUCUGGAGCACGUGUCUGAUUGCAACUUGGAGGACCAGCUCAUACAUUACAUAGAAGGCCCUAGCCUGGUGUUCGUGGCCUUCGCUGAGGCAAUAACCAAGUUCCCAACUUCUCCCUUCUGGUCUGUCAUCUUCUUCCUGAUGCUCAUCAACCUGGGACUGAGUACAUCGCUGGGACUGAUGCAGGGCAUCCUAACCCCACUGCUGUACAACUUCCCCAGCCUUCAGAAUUCCUCUUUGUCCAUCUCGGUGACUAUUGGCUUCCUGGGCUACCUGUGUGGCCUCCUCUUCACCCAGCGCUCUGGCCUCUACUUCCUGAUGUUGUUCGAUGAAUUUACUGUUAGUCUGUCUCUGUUUAUCGUGGUCCUCUUUGAGAACAUUAGUGUGGCCUGGAUCUACGGGGCUAAGAGAUUCAUGAAUGAAACAUGGAACAUGCUGGGGUUAAAGGUCUCCCUCAUGUAUGAGUACCUGCUGUGCUAUGUCACCUUGGCGAUUUUAUCCAUCCUUCUCAUAUGCAACCUGUUGGAGAUGUUGCUGAAAUACCCCAGCUAUGGAGCCUGGGAUAAAAACUCUGUCACAGAGCUGAUGCUUCCCUACCCGAAAUGGGCUAUAAUCCUGGGGAGCAGCCUCAUCUUACUGCCCAUCCUGCUCAUCCUGGUGGGCCUGUUAAAGGGUUCAAAGAAGCCAGUCAUAUUGCCACUGCCUAAGGGUUCCUCUCUUCAGCUUUCGGAGACAUCCACCUUCUUGUCCCUGACCUCCCAGGUUGAUCAAGCAGCCUCCUCCAGCAAGACCUCAAGGCUUUCUGAGGCCCAGGCUGCAGAGGCCAAAGAGGAGGCCAGUGGGUCACAAGGACAGCCCAGCCCCGUUGCCCCCUGA